AUGGCCCUGGAGGCCUCCCUGGAAGAGUUCCGCAGACACUGGAGGGCGGAGAUAAGAGGGGAGCCCACAGCUCCGGCCGGACCGACUUCCCCAAAGCGCAGGCGGUCAGGAGGGAGCCCAGAGCCUGAAUACCAGAGCCAGGAGGACGGUGUAUUCUGGAAAUGUCUCCCCGGAAUCUCCCGCCCGGGACACUGGGAUAGCUGGGAGCCGCUACUUGCAGCUGGCAGAGAGUCUGCUGGAUGACAGGCCGGACAUUACUGCCGGGGAGGAGAAACCGGGAGGCCAGGAGGCCAGAGAGAGCCUGCUGGAGCAACUCAUCAAUGACCUGAAUGAAAUAAAUGAAAUCCCUUUCUUUGAUAUUCAACUUCCAUACGAAAUUGCUUUACAAAUCUUCCACUACCUGGGCAGAAAAGAGCUUGGAAGAUGUGCACAGGUAAGCAAAGCGUGGAAGGUCCUUGCUGAAGAUGAAAUCUUGUGGUUCCAUAUUUGCCAAAUGGAAGGGUUCCUGACGGACAGUAAAGUUACAGCGUGCACAUCUUGGAAAGAAGCUUUAAAAGAGAGGCGCACUCAAGAGAGCCUGCUGAGGACAAACUGGAAGAAUCGCACCGGCGCUGUGAGCCAGCUGCAUUAUGAACUGGGGAAGGUGUUGUGUGAUGUUCAUACAUCUGAUGGAGUUGUCUUGGCGGGAUACACAUCAGGAGAUGUUCGUCUAUGGGACACAAGAACAUCGGGACUUGCUGAAUCUCUUCUUGAAACCACCCCUCAUCUGGAUCAUUCUGGACAAAGUCCUCAAGUUUCUUUCGUUAGGAUAAACAAGUCCAUAGCAGUGGCCGCAUAUGAGAAUGGCUCCAUUGAUGUUUGGUGUCUUCAGGUUGGUCGGGAACCUAUCCAUCACUAUCAGCACAACCAAAAAAUCCAGGCACUAGACCUGUGCCCAGAAACCGCUACUAUAGCAACAGCAUCUAGUUUUGAAAUAAAAGUGGAAAGGCCUGAUGAUAAAGGGUACUGGCGAAGUUUCUGCAGUUUUCAGACCCAAAAGCUGGUGAAUUUUCUCCAUUUGAUUCAUAACACUGAAGGAUGUCCUGUUGCUGUUGCUGCUGCUGAAGAAAUAGUAUAUCUCUUAAAGCCUGAGGUCCCCGAACAGAUACUGCACUCUACAUAUGGCCACACAGUUACCAGCUUAGAUGUUUCUCUUGAUAAAGCAGCAUUUGGAGUCAAAAGUUAUGGCUGGUUCUCUAAUAAUGGCAAUAAGAUUCAUGUAUACAGCCUGCAGACUGGUCAGUGCAUCACAAGCUUGGGUAAUUCUGCUGGAGACUUUUCCUGUAUUAAUUUAAAAGAUAGCCCUCCUUAUCUUCUGGUCACUGGAAACCGAGAUCGGAGGGUACGUGUGUAUGACAUGCGAUGCAGCAAAUCUCUCUGUUCUUUUUAUGCUCACCACUUGGGUGUCUCAGCUGUUCGCAUGGAUGACUGGAAAGUGGUCUCUGGAGGAGAGGAGGGUCUGACCUGUACAUGGGACCAGAGGAUGGGCACCAAACUCUGGGAGAUGCACGCAAGG